AUGACGGUCAGUAUAUUUGUCCUUCCCGCCUGUUUCGGGCCCUUUGUCGAAUGUUUCAUUGAGUUAUGUCGUUUGCCAUAUUUCGUCAUUCUUUUUUUUCUUUUUUUCCCAUUAUUUCUCUUUACUUUUUUUUUUGUCUCUACUUCGAAAUUUUUCUUUAAAAUUUUCUUUUUUCUUUCAUCCUUUCUUUCUUCCUGUCUUUAUUUAUUUCUCUUUUCGUUCACAGUGAUGUUGUUCUUUGCAUUUCUUCCCAUGCGUCUCAUUUUUUAUCAUUUCCUUCUUUCUUUCUUUCUCUUUUCAUUCAUGUUUUUAGCUUAUCUUUCUAUGCUUCCCAUUUUUUAUUUCCUUCUUUCUUUCCUUCUUUCUUUCCUUCUUUCUUUCUUUCUUCCUCUUUUCUGUCAUAAUAAUUUUCUUAUCUUUCUAUGCUUCUCAUUUUUUAUUUCCUUCUUUCUUUCCUUCUUUCUUUCCUUCUUUCCUUCUUUCUUUCUUUCUCUUUUCUGUCAUAAUAAUGUUGUUCUUUGCAUUUCCUCCCAUAUGUCUCAUUUUUUUCAUUUCUUUCUUUCUUUCUUUCUUUCUUUCUUUCUUUCCUUCUUUCUUUCUUUCUUUCUUUCUUCCAAAAUACAAUAUCUUUUUUCCUCUUCUAUUCUAAUUAGCCCAUUUCGUUAUUCUUUCUUUCUUUUUCCCCCUCUUAUUUCUCUUUACAUUUUUGGCUCUACUUCGAAAAUUUUCUUCAUAAUUUUCUUUCUUAUUUCUUUCGGUAUUUUUUCUUUAUUCCCUUAUUUCUUUCUUUUUCGUUCACAAUGA